CGGGCAUGGGCGGGGGCCGGGAGGGCAGGGCCCGCGGGCGGGGAAGGCGGAAGGACUCGGCGAGCCGGGCGGCCCCGUGUCGACGGCUGCUCUUGGAGCUGCGACCCGACCCUCCGAGCCCCGCGCCCGCGCCCGGUCCGCCGGCGCCAUGUGGGCGGCGCUGCUGGCCGUCUGCAACUGGAGCACCCUGGGCGCGUGCGCCGCGCUGAAGCUGCCGCAGAUCUUCGCCGUGCUGGCGGCGCGCAGCGCGCGGGGCAUCAGCCUGCCGAGCCUGCUGCUGGAGCUGGCCGGGUUCCUGGUGUUUCUCCGGUACCAGUGUUACUACGAGUACCCGCUGCUGACCUACCUGGAGUACCCCAUUCUCAUCCUACAAGAUCUCAUCCUGCUGCUCUGCAUCUUCCAUUUCAACGGGGACGUGAGACGGGCGGCUCCCUACAUCGCCCUAUUGGUGACGUCGUGGUUCCUCCUCACCCUGCAGAAGUGGAUCAUAGAUGUGGCCAUAAAUUUAUGUACUUUCAUCAGUGCGGCCAGUAAGUUUGCUCAGCUCCAGGACCUGUGGAAGACCAAGGACUCGGGCGUCAUGAGUGCUCUGACUUGCAGCCUCGCUUCAUACACCUGUGCGACAAGAAUAAUAACAACUCUAAUGACUACCAAUGAUCUUACAAUUCUUACACGUUUUGUGAUCAUGAUGACUUUAAACAUAUGGGUAACGGCUACAGUACUUCGCUACCAGAAGACCGAUGUAAAGGCUGAAUGAUGGAUCCAUGAUUCCUACACACGAAGUGGAUUUCAAAUAACUAAAGGGGAAACAGCUCAUGGCUAAAUCAAGGUCUUUUAUAGUCGACUGUUUCAGAAACUUUGAAGUCAAAGGUGUUUUAGACUUGAAAGAACCACUUGAACACAUAUUCAGAAACGUCCCUUUCCCUCCGCUUCCCCCACCGCGUCAGGUUAAGGCAGGGCUCAGCCAGCUGCAGCUUUGAGAAGGCUCGGGAUUGAUGCACACCGUCCAGGGAGCACGGUGUGAGGAGACGGCUUUGACCCUUACGUAACAUCUUGAUUAAGUUCUCUCUCAAGAGUUAACCACAUCUAUUUUUCAGCUUUCAGAAUCUUUUAAGAAAUAAAUCCUCUCCACAGCACAAACGAACACGGAUAGAGUGGGAUUUUGCUCCAAGUCAGAAAUAGAAUUAUAUUAAAUUACUAGGGCUUACUUUCUGGGACUAAUGUUUAAUUGUAACAGAUAUAACAGAAUGGCCUUUUGUAUCAUAAUACAGUAUAAUACCUCCUUGGGCUAUAUAUAGCAAAGAUAGCAAGGCAAGCAAAAUUGUAACUGGCUUGAGUUCAUAGACCAAAGUAGUCCUUUAGCUUCAUACUGUGCCUUUAACUCCUACCAAAAGGUGCUAUUUGCUGCAAUCUCUACUUGUGACAAGGUAAUCCCAAUGAACUUUCUGAUUCAAGCACAAUGCUGCCAUUUUUUAAAGGGCCACAUCUAUACAAUUAUUGGAAUUUGGUACACAAUACAGCUGACCUUGACCAGGUUUUGUCUAUUGAAAACAUAUGCCGUAAAGGGUAUGGCUGGGAUCUGCCAAGUUCUUGUGGAUUUUCUCAUUACAGUAUGAUAUUCUAGACGUGAUGUUAAGAUUAUUGUACACUGUAUUUUCCUAUAAGUUUAUAAACCCUAACAUUUAAAAACUCUCUUUCCCCUUAUAAUUGAAUGCCAUUCUUCUGUUAUAUGAAGUAAAUGAUGUUUAUUAGAAAAUGUUUUAGUUUCCUAUGUAAAAUCUGAACUCUGCUGAGUCUUGAAACUGUCAGUUGUUUUAAUGUGAUUAGUUUUAAGUUCUAUAAGUGCAGUUUUUAAAAUAUAAGCCGUGGUUAAUCCUUUUAGAACUACUACUUGAGACCAGUAGGAGGAGAAACAUAUCUAAAAGUAAAUAAUAAAUCAUUCAUUCUGUA